GGGCCGGCUGGGGAUGGGUGGGGGGGCCGACUUCCUGGGGCCGCCCGUGAGGAUGUCGCGACCGCCCCCGGGUGCCCCUCAGCCCCAGAGACGCCGCCGCGGCGGAGUCCGCAGCCUCCCUGCCUGAGGCGUCCUCGGCCGGGAUCCGGCCCCUCCCCUCGCCUCCUCUCCCAGGUGCCGGCCGGGCCGGCGGCCGCAGCAGAUUUUAUCAUGUGGGCAACCUGCUGCAACUGGUUCUGCCUGGAUGGACAGCCUGAAGAGGUCCCACCACCCCAGGGAGCCAGGAUGCAGGCCUAUUCUAACCCUGGGUACAGCUCCUUCCCUUCCCCAACAGGCCUGGAACCAAGCUGCAAGUCCUGUGGGGCUCACUUUGCAAGCACAGCCAGGAAGUAGCGCUCAAGAUCACAUAGUUAUUAAAUGACAGAGCCGGGAUUCAAACCCAGGUCUUUGAUUCCAAAGCCCCCUCCCAGAAGACGUUCGGCAUGUCGAGUAGAAGAUGACAGUUAUAGGCCUGGAUGCCUAGAGAAGCAAGGCAAUGAUUAAAAUAAGCAGACCUGCUUGGACUGUAAGAAAAAUUUCUGCAUGACCUGUUCGAGCCAAGUGGGGAAUGGGCCCCGCCUUUGCCUUCUCUGCCAACGGUUUCGAGCUACAGCCUUUCAGCGAGAGGAGCUCAUGAAGAUGAAGGUGAAGGACUUGAGGGACUAUCUCAGCCUUCAUGACAUCUCUACCGAAAUGUGCCGGGAGAAAGAAGAGCUGGUGCUCUUGGUCCUUGGCCAGCAGCCUAUAAUCUCCCAGGAGGGCAGGACUCGUCCCUCCACCUUGUCCCCAGACUUUCCUGAGCAGCAGGCCUUCCUGACCCAGCCUCACUCCAGCAUGGUUCCACCUACCUCACCCAACCUCCCCUCUUCAUCUGCACAAGCCACCUCUGUUCCCCCAGCCCAGGUUCAGGAGAAUCAGCAGGCCAAUGGCCAUGUGUCUCAGGAUCAAGAGGAACCCGUCUACCUGGAGAGCGUGGCCAGAGUACCUGCUGAGGAUGAGACCCAGUCUAUUGACUCAGAGGACAGCUUCGUCCCAGGCCGAAGGGCCUCUCUGUCUGACCUGACCGACCUGGAGGACAUUGAAGGCCUGACAGUGCGGCAGCUGAAAGAGAUCUUGGCUCGUAACUUUGUCAACUACAAGGGCUGCUGUGAGAAGUGGGAGCUGAUGGAGAGAGUGACUCGGCUAUACAAGGAUCAGAAAGGACUCCAGCACCUGGUCAGUGGUGCCGAAGACCAAAACGGGGGAGCAGUACCAUCAGGCUUGGAGGAGAACCUGUGUAAGAUCUGCAUGGACUCACCCAUUGACUGUGUUCUGCUGGAGUGUGGCCACAUGGUAACCUGUACCAAGUGUGGCAAACGCAUGAAUGAAUGUCCCAUUUGCCGGCAGUAUGUAAUCCGAGCUGUGCAUGUCUUCCGGUCCUGAGAGCUUGCAUCGGUUUCUUCAGUGCCUUACAGGGAAAUAGCCUGGGGUGUCUGGGCUCAGGGUUGGCCAGCUUGCAGAAGAGCAAGCUAGUAGAAAUACUGCAGUGUUCCCCCAAGACCAGGGCAAGCAAGAUGCAUGUCACCCCUGAGCAUCCCUGUCUUGCCACAGGGGUGUACCUCUUGGCUGGCAAAGCCCAAGGCCAGUGGGAACUUGUAUAAAUCACAUGGGUAUGUUCUUGGUUCAGUGAUCUUGGAGUGAUGAUGGUAACUGAUGAACAGAGAACUUUCCAGAACUUGGGUCCUGUCUUUCUCCCUGAACCUAGACAUAAUUUCACCCCCUCUCCUGUACCCAGCCCAUCCCCUCCCCACAUGGGAGAUGCUUGCCCAUGUGUUUCAUCAAUCAGAAGUCCUCCUGCCCAGCACAUUUGGAUUUAAAUUUGUGGUCUCUCCGGCUUUCUGUGCUUUAACUCUUCGCUAAAGUCUCUUGCUACACUGCCUAAAUCUUUAUUUCUUUGGACCAAAAAUGUUAGUUUGCCAGACCGAUAGUGGUCCUUAGGACAGAUUUUAGACCAGUAAACUUAUCUUUUGUGAGAAAUGAAACACAAAUGCUAUAGAAAAAUUU